AUGUCCGACGUUGAAGAAGUUGAUCUCGUUGACUUUGAUGCCAUCAAGCUUCAAUUUCCAUUUUCCAAAAUUCGAGGCAUCUGCCAACUUGAUCCCGAUUUAGAUGGAAUAUCAGCUGAAGCUGUAAAGUUGAUAGGCAAAGCAACGGAAUACUUUAUCGAGGAAUUGGCGACGGCUUCGUACACACAAGCGAUCCUCGAGAAAAGAAAGACGGUCAACAAAAAGGAUAUUGAUAAAGUCAUUGAAAUUGACCCAACUUUCGAAUUCCUCGAGGAUGCUUUGGAUGAGUGGUUAGAAGACGUUUUGGAUAAAACAACUGAGGAAGAUAAGGAAAAUGAAGAAAUGACAGCGCCAAAUGAGACUGAUGAAGUAAUGGAUGAGAUGGUUCCCCUACCCGCCACGAUAAACCCGAAUUCACACGUUGAGGAACUUUUU